AACGGGAUUCGCCACGCCCCCGAAGGAGCCAAAUCAAACGGCAAAACAAAACGUCGUGUAGUGUACGUCAAUUUUGGACAUCGGCAAUUAUAAGUGACUGAAUUUCUGAGCUGCAGGAUCAUUUAGCGCCGCGGCCAAUUAUGAGGAACGACGCGAUCACGUUCCGGGUGCAGCAAGUGCUGAGCCAGCCGCUGGUGUUGCGGUGCCAGGAGCUGACGGCCCUCGUUGCCGAGGUGGACAGCAAGCAGCUCAAGGACACUUUCCCGCUCAUCCUUGAAAACAUUUUUGGCUCGCCCGGCUGGGGCUUGCGGCUGUCGGACAGGAGCGUCCUGUCGCUGCAGAGGGAUGCUGUCUGCAAGUUCCUCGACCCCACUGGGCCGCUGUUUGUCCUCGCCUACAAACUCUGUGCAGACUUCUUCCUCAAAUAUGACCUGCCCCUCAACCUCCUCCCAGCCAAACUGCGACGCGACCUGGAAAAGGGCAUGUUGAUGAAUUCAUGGUAUUGUGAGCGCAUUUUUGUCGACCCAAACACUAGAAGGGCCACCAUGCUGAAGCUCAGUGCUUUUGAGCUUCUAGUGUUCAGAUUUGCGCUUCAUCUGCUGCCACAAACACAGCCUGAGGUUUGGCUUGAAUCAGUGUACCUGCAGCUACUGGAACGCUACCUGUGCCACUUCCUGCCCUGCCAAAUGCAGCCAGGGCCUGUCGAGCCCCAUGUUCCCUACGUGCCACACCAACCCCUCUCCUCCGCCCCUUUUGCUCACCACUCGCCUCUCUCCAGCCAGACGCAGGGAAUAUCUUUGUUGAAGGUGGCAGGGGCGCAGAACUCGUCAAUGCACCAUCACGGCCAGCACAACCCCUUGGCCGAAAUCUGGCGCACCGUCCACAUAGUCAACAUCCUCAUGGACAUAUGGCUCAGCUUUGAUGAUGAAAAGGGCAACAUUAGCCCUAGUAACGUCAAAACUAGUCCAGUGUCGUCAUUACCAAGCUCUGAGCAUGCGAGAAUGGCCCGGGCCUUGCUAAAGCAUCUGCACUACUUUGCCAACAGCGCCUGCUACACCAACCCCAGCGACAUGGACGAAAUGAAGAGGAUGGUAAUUCCCAUGUACAAACAAAAGAUCUACCACUUCCUGUCAGGCUGCAUCAAGAGCUGGCCCUAUGAUCAGUCCUUUCGCAUCAUCCUGGAGGCGUGGCUCAGCUACAUUCAGCCCUGGCGCUACACAAAUUACGCCAACUACGGAAUGCGGGAGAAUGAUGAGAGCGGAAAAGCUGUGGACCGAAGGUGGCAAUCGUUUGUGGCAGAGAACCUGCCCUUCUAUGGCUGCAUCUUUCAACAGGUUAUGCACAGGCUCUCCCGAAUUGAUCUGUCCAUCCUGAAAAACGCCAUCAUGUUGCACAGAGUCUGUCGACUGCUUUGCCUGGAGAAUAUGAAGGCAAUGGUGAGUGAAGUGGAAGAGAGUCUGAGACUUAAGGGCAGCGUCCAGCAGGCCACCCUGAUGUCAUCCAGGUUCCUGGACUCUUCUGCUGACGCCUCGAUGGCUGUCAGUUUGAAGAGUCAGGCGGCGGCCCAGGCGGCCAUCUCCGAAUUAGAAGGCCAGCUUUUUGUCUACAAACCAAUGUUUGGUCAAGAGGUCAACAUACUGGUUUGGCAACUGCUGAGGGCGCUGAUGCUUUCCCGGCAGAAGGCCGAGGGUUUAUAUGAAGAACAGAAAAUGCGACCUAGGUCAAACGGCUUUUGGAACGCUAUCCUGUGCUUUGAUGAUGAUCACGCCGAAGAGUACACCGUUGAUGAUCGCCGCAGGGUUGUCGAUAUCCUUAAGAACUGCUACACGCAGCUUUGCACCGUCUAUGAGAUAAAUUAUAUAGAGGAUGAUAGUGAUUCUGAGCGGAUGAACCGAACGUUUCUUUCCUCAAGCGACUCGAGUUUUCGUGAUCGGAUGCUGGACUCUAGCUCAUUGUCUCCUUCUAAACCGAUGGUGCCGAAACCCUCUGGGGACCCUGACAAGCGUCCCAUCUGCAGCUUUGAGGUUGCCUGGCUAGUGCGUAUGUUCCAUGACAUCUCUAGCUACCUCAACAGAGAGCACCACUUUGAGAUCCAGGCACUGCACACAAGGGAGGACAUGUGGGGACGGCUGGCGCGGCAGGUGCUGCAGCCGCCGACCACCAUCAGCGUGUACGAGCGCGGCCCUGAGGGCUACAAAGUGCGCACCGAGAAGACUCUUCCCGCCAGGGUCAGUCUUCGCCGCCUGGCCAACACCAGGCUGCUCUUCUGGCUGGGCGUCGCUUGUCUGCUGGCCAAAAUCUGCGGCUUCCACUUCUUCCUUGGACUUGCCCUGCCAUUCCUUCUCUUCAGCGGAUACAUCUUUGUCAACGCCCUCCGAGAGUGAAUUCAUUCCCAUUCAUGAUAAUGAUAAGGUAUUUAUAAUUAUUUUGGAAAUAAGAACAAGAUCUUUCGUAAAAUACUCUUCGUCG